GAAAUGUUCAUACCGUGACAUCCCUAGUACUCCUGCAAGAAAGUGAGCACGGAGCUCCUCGUUAGCAAGCCUCCCCUGCAGGUGUGACUACUUAACAUCAUCUGCUGCAGGUUGCCUGGUGGCUCUGAAACAGGCGCCAUGCUGUCGGAAUACACCCUCCAAAUGUUGUUUGUCAAACAAGACGCCGCGAGCUCCUACGACUUAAGGCGGCGUAUUCGAUGCCCGAAGAAAUACGGGGAAUCGACGAAGGAAAGGCGUUACUUGCUGGCACCGAGUCGUUUGGACGCGUCGCGUGAGCAGAAGGAAGUGGAUUGUGCGGAGAGGCGGCUGGACGACCGGUACGUAAGGAAUGCGGCGAUUGUUCCGGACCUCCGCGUGACGCCCGGUGACAAAGCAGGGAGCGACUCGGACGUCGUGUCGGCGAGUCGACCUUUGAUGAUCCACGGCUUUACGGUGGCAGAGUAUCGGCAGAUGUAUCAUUCGGUGGUGGAUCCCCUGCUGCUGAGUCCUGGCGGGAAGCUGCGGGCCUACAACCUGGAGCUGGGCCGCACUAUUAAGGAGCAUCUGUUCAUAGAGCUGGCCUACCCCACCAUUCAGAUGUGUGAGCAGUCGUCGGGACAAGUGGAGGUGGCAGAGAGGUUUUGUCUGCUGCGUCCUACACCCUGCAUAGACCUGGACUGUAAUGGAUGCUUGCCACAUUAAAGUCAGCUUUUUAAUUUGUC